AAAAAUAUGUGAACACUUAUAUAUCUUGGUACUUUGCUGUUGUAUGAUAAGCUGAUUAAUAAAUAUAAAUUCUAUCAACAUCCUGCUCUGCAACUUUGUGCAACAGGCCAACUCUUUAUUCAUUAUUAUAUUAUUUUAAUAUUUAUAAUUAAUUAAAAAAGAAAAAUCAUUGAACUUUAAAGAUUUUAAUUUACAUAUCAAUUUAUUUAAUUAUUUUUAAAAUGCAUAUCUUAUCUGUACGAAUAAUUAAAAUGCAACGAGAUAUUUUUAAUUUUUUUACAAACAAAAUAAGGUAAAUUAAAGUUUAUACUAAUAUUUUUUUCAUGAUAAAUUUUUAUCAUGAUGUUUAAUUCACUUGUCAACAUUUUUCAAACAGUAACAGAAUAUUGUUAAAAAAAUAAAAUGCAUUUUAUCAAAACACAUCAUCAAGUUUGAAGAGAAAGAAGAAAAAAAAAUCUUUAACAUCAUUAUAUUGUUAAUAAAAAAUUAUUGGGAUAUGCAUGAAAAACUUAUUAAAAAUCAGUAUGUUGCAGCAAAGACAAGAAGAAAUAUAAUUUUAAAAUCAAUAAAUAAUGUUGAUUUAAAAAAAAAAAGCAUAAAUAAUGGCCUAAAAUUAAAAACAUGGAUUUUUUGUAUAUUAGGAUUUUUAUUAGUAUCAUUAUUUAUUAUAAAUAAUAUUAUUACUGGACAAUUUCGUGAUCAUCGUGUUAUCAAUAUAACACAAGAAAACAUUGCUGAAAAUGAAAUUGAAUCUAAUAAAAUUUUAAUUGAUAAAAAAACUGAUUAUCUUGUUAAAAAUAAAGGCUGUAGAAUAUUAUCAUUAAAUCCAUUUGAUGAAUUUAGUAAAAAAUUUUUACGUAUUAUUAAACCAAUUGAAUGUGAAUAUGGUAAUCAAUUGCCACUUGUUGAAUCAAAUGAUACACAUUUAUUUAUUAAUCGAAAUGCAAUUGUACAAUAUUACAAUAAUACAGAAACAAUUGAUUGUUGUUGGCGUUCAUUUGAAAGAAGAAAAUACAAUGACAAUUCCCUGAGAUAUGAUUUAAAUUGUCAUAAAUUUAAUAAUACAUCAAAAGUAUUUGCAGAAACUGAAUAUGUAAAAGUUGAAUGUUACAAAGCAAAUAAAACUAGAAUAUUUAAAGAUUAUUAUAUAUUUGUACCGGAUAAAGAAAAAAAUAAAGAAGAAGAAAAUAAUGAAAAAAAAAAAUUAAGUGUACUUGUCAUUGGGCUGGAUUCAAUAUCACGUUUAAAUUUUCAUAGAAUGAUGCCAAAAACAGUUGAUACACUUAAACAAUUUGGUGCAAUUGAAAUGCUUGGUUAUAAUAAAGUUGGUGAUAAUACAUAUCCAAAUUUAGUACCAGUAUUAACUGGUAUGUCUGAUAAAGAACUUGAAUUAAAUUGUUGGAUUAAUAAAGAUAAACCAUUUGAUAAUUGUCCAUUUAUAUGGAAAAAUUUUAGUACAAAUGGUUAUCAUACAGUAUUUGCUGAAGAUGCAUGUGGUAUGACAACAUUUAAUUAUUUAAAACCAGGUUUUCGUAUACAACCAACUGAUUAUUAUUAUCGUCCUUAUUGUAUUGCAAGUGAAAAUGAUAUUGGUAAUACACAUAAAUUAAAUUCAAAUCUUUGUGUUGGUACAAGAUUAAAUUAUCAAAAUUUAUUAAAUUAUACAAUGAAAAUUGUUAAAAAAUUUAAUAAUAAUAAUAAUUAUUAUUUUGGUUUUUUUUGGCAAGCAAGUUUAACACAUGAUUAUUUUAAUUAUCCACAAUUAGGUGAUAAUUCAUAUAAAGAAACAAUUGAUUAUAUAUUUAAUAAUAAAUAUAUGAAUAAUACAGCAUUAAUUGUUAUGAGUGAUCAUGGUAUUAGAUGGGGUGAAUUUCGUCAAACAUUUCAAGGUAGAAUUGAGGGUAGUCUUCCAUUUUUAUUUAUAAUAUUACCAGAAUGGUGGAAAGCUAAUUAUCCAAAAGCAUGGUUUAAUAUUAAACAUAAUACAGCAAGUUUAACAACACCAUUUGAUUUACAUGAAACACUUUUUGAUUUAUUAAAUUUAUCAUCAAUUAAUGAUAUAAAUUUAUAUAAACGUGAUAAAUUAAUUAAUGAUAAUAAUAAUAAUAAUAAUAAUAAAUUACCAAGAGGUAUUAGUUUAUUUAUUUCAAUACCAGAUUAUCGAACAUGUGAUAUGGCAAAUAUACCAGGACAUUAUUGUAUGUGUCAUAAAAGUAGUAAUAUAUCAAUUAAUGAUAAAAUUAUUAAAAAUAAAACAAAUUAUUUAAUCAAUGAAAUAAAUAAUAUGCUCAAUAAAUAUUCAAAUUGUGAAAAAUUAUAUUUAAAUAAUAUAAUUGAUGCUAAAAUUUGGAGUGACAAUGAUGAUGAUGAUAAUAAAAAUGGUGCUGUACCUUUGACAGAUUAUACAAUAACAUUUGAAACAAAACCUGGUUAUGCAAUAUUUGAAGCAACGAUUAGACAAACUAUUAUUACUAAUAAUAGUACAUAUAUUGAUGAUAAAAUAAUUGGUACUAUUAGUAGAAUAAAUGCAUAUGGUAAUCAGAGUGCGUGUAUUGAUGAUUCAAAAAUGCGACUAUAUUGCUAUUGUUCACAUUAAAUAAAUAAUGUAAAAAUAGAAAAUAAAACUAUAAAAACUUCUAUUCUCAACGAAAUAAAUUAAAUAAAAUGACUAUUGUUAUAAAUAAUAGUUUAAUUGUGAUAAAUAAUGGAAAAUAAUUUCCUGUUUAAUUGAAAUACUAAACAAUUUUUUUUUUUUUUUUUUAUUACUUAUAUAACUUAAAAUUUAUUUAGAAAUUUUGGAACAAUUCUUUGAGUGGUUGUUGAUUUUUUUUUUUUUGUAUAUUAUACAUUGUUAUAAAAUUCUGUUAUUGAUUCUUCUUCUUUUUUAUUUAUAUAUGUAUAUAAUAAAAAAAAAAAAAAACUGUGGAACGCAAGUUUAAAUUGUUUUUAUUUUUUACAAACAAUUUAUUUGUUUUUUUUUUUAAAUUGUUUUUGUCUUGAGUAUCCAGUCUUUUCUCCUAUUGUUUCCCUCAUUUUUAUCAAACUUUUUUCAUAUGGAGAUUAAGAUAUUUAUUGAAUUUAUUUGUGUUUUUUUUUUUUUG